AUGGUUGGCGCGUUUCACGGCCAUGCACACAACCGCAAAUGCCAGUUGGUCUGGCAUCCAACAUAUAUUUUGGGCACUGGACACAGUGAGGGUGAAGGGUGCGAGCACAUAUUUUCCGCCUCAAAUGAGCUCGCUCGUAGCACUAGACAUGCAAGCCCGUUCCACCGGCACCAAACUAUCGAAGAACACUUUGCUUUUUGGGAUGCUGACAAGUAUGCUGUGCUUUCCAAUUUUUUAUCAAAUCAUUACCGAGAAGCCACCAAACAGAUCAGUGUGCUCAUGGCUGAACUAGCGAUCAUUCAAUCUGAGCUUGGUCUUACUGAUGCCGACUUCCCUCGCUUCCUCAAGGAAGAACAUGAUUAUCUUGAUGGUUUGAAGCAGCCACCUGAAAAAGAUCGCCUCUCUGUUCGGUACAUUGAGGUGCUCGAUGAACUUGCUGAAUGGAGGGCUGAUUGGGACUUAGCACACGAAGCUGCUAACAGUUCCCUCACUGCAAUUGCAGCCGGUAACCUGGAGCAGAUAAACAACGCACUUUCGCAAGCUCGUAUUCGGGUCGACUCUUCAUAUGCUAAAUUACAGCAUGCCGAGGCAUUGGUUGCGCACGUAGAAGCUCUCUUGGCUGUUGAUGCACGAUGGGAGAUUGGUGGCCAGGAGUAUAACCAUUUUAAGGAGGAAGUAUCUCUCAGCAAGUAUCGCAGUGCGCUAGAUGACCUGGAGCGUCUGGUUGUUAUGAGGUUAUUUGAACUUUCGAAGUUGUCAUUGUCCAGCACAGGUGUUUGUUUAUUGCAAAUCACACAUUCAGUGAGCUAA